UAUUAACUUUCUUGUAUAAAUAUGUAAUGAAUUAUUUUGUAAAUAGUGGAAUAGUGGAUUCGUGUUAUAUUAUAUUGAAGGCUCUCGCGCGCAUGACACCAGACACCCUCUUUAUAACUCUGAUUCCUAUUCCCUUCUCUUCAUCUUCAUCUUCAUCUUCAUCUAAUUAUUCUCUCUCUCUAGACUUCCUCUCUAAGAAGGAAAAAAAAAAAAAAAAAAAGAGGGAAGCUGAAGCCAAAACCUUCUCUUCUUUCUCUCUCUGCUCAUCAUUCUCUCUCUCUACCAUCCCAUAAUCGUUUUGUUCCUUUAUAUAGAUACACAUAAUCGUUUUGUUCCCAUAAUCGUUUCGUUCCUAUAUAUAUAUAUAUACACACACAUAUACAGAAGAAAUGUAUAAUUGGGAGAGAUCAAAGAGAGAAGAAAAACUCAGAAAACAUCCCAGAAAUCCAUCAUUCUCGUCCACUCUUCUCGACGAAAUUUACCGUUCCAUAGACGACGAUAAUUGCGAAGAACCAAAAUUCUACAGAGAAAAAUCAACAAAGAGACACAGCAUUCAUGGUGUUGGUGGUGUUCAAGCAAACACUGGUAGCAUCGAAGACGAAGAAAUGGCGAGUCUCCGGCGAGCGUGUCUGAUCGAGAAAUGGAUGGAAAGGAAGGUUCACGAGAAGGUGUCAUCACUGAGAUCAAAGCAGGACAACGAUCCUCUGUUCUUCAGUUCCUCUUCUAUUUCUUCAGAUUCAAGUUUGGAAUCUUUCAACACAUCGAAUUCAAGAAAAACUAGCUUCUCUGUUCCGAGGCCCAAACAAAUCAAAACUAACAUUUCAUGUUAUGAUUAUGAUCUAUUUGAUGACUAUCAUGAUAAUCAGCAAAAACAUGAAGAAAGUUUGGUCAAGUCGAAAUUGAGAGCUUUAAAGAUUUACAACAAUUUGAAGUCGGCGAAACAGCCCGUCUCACCUGGCCGACGACUCACUCGCUUCCUCAACUCUCUGUUUAGCAACACGAUCACUACGAAGAAGACGAAGAACAUUUCCAGCUCAACUGAAGGUUACCAGGAUCAGAAUGUGAAUCGCAAAUCGAAUUCAACGCAGCACAAGUCAGUCAACUCCACUUGUUCAUCCGCUUCUUCGUUUUCUAGGUCAUGUUUAAGCAAAAACUCAAAAGAUUCCAACAAUGGCGUGAAGAGAACGGUUCGAUUCUAUCCGGUUAGUGUCAUUGUGGACGAAGAUUGUCGUCCUUGUGGCCACAAAUGCAUUGACGGAGAAGAUUUGGAAAAUUUUCGGAGAUCAGAUCAUGUCAACGACCGAAAAAGCUAUCACUAUCAGAGUGACAAAAAGCAAAAUAAGCAUGUUGUGAUCACAAAUCUUGAAAAUGAUGAAUAUGAAGAUGAAGACGAAGACGAAGACGAUGCAGGUAGUGAUUCGAGUUCCGAUCUGUUCGAGCUUGAUCACUUGGAGUUGAUUGGGAACGAUAGGUAUUGUGAAGAACUUCCAGUGUACGAAACUACUUGUAUUGAUUCGAAUCGUGCCAUAGCUAACGGCUUGAUUCGCUAGCCAUCUUUUUCCCAUUUUCAGUCACUUUUGUUUUUGAAAACUAUCUAAAUGUGGAUUUUAGGGUUUCAAAAUACAAUUGGAUUGAAAACCCAAAUUUUAAUUUGAAACCGUAAGUUAGUUAAUAUAUUUACCGUUAAUCAGUUAUGAUUGCAUUGUCUCCAAUUUUGUGCCGUCACUUUUAGUUAUGAAAGACUAUGCAUUAUGUGAUCACCCCCACAUAAAAUGUGAUCCCGAUAUACAGUGAGAAUCACAUUCUUUAAUGCGCAACUGUUUAUGAUUUGUUUGUAAAUAUUUUACCUAAUUUGAUUUUUUUUUUUUUUUUUUUUUUUUCUCGUCAAAAUAUUUAAGUUUUCAUAAAACUGAAAUUUGAGUAUCAUAAAUGAAGAUUUAGGUAGUUUCAUCUUGUGUAAAUUACUGAAGGAAGUAACUGUGAAUGUUGAAAAAGGAGGAGAAUUUGGUGAUUGGAUUGAUCCGUUCUGAAGGAAACAGGGGAAAAGAAAAGGAUGUUAAAAAAGAAAAAGAAAUAGUUGGAAAGAAGGAAAAUGAUAGGUGUGUGUGACUGCGUACUUGUGAUGGUAAAGGGAAGGACAGAUCUUCGCCCAUGGGAAUAGGGAAAGUGAAGAGCUUUUGCUUUCUUUUCCUUCCUUGGAAAUGGAAUUGGAAUUUGUUUGUGUUGGGGG